UGGCAAAACUAUAUAAAGCUACCGCAUACGGUGCGCUUAUCAAUUGGUACAUUUCAUCAUUCGAGUUUUGUUUGCAGACAAGAGUGUAGCGAUAAUGUCGAUCAAGCUGAAAGCAAACAUAAAUAAUCCGCCAAUAAGUGGCUUGGCAACGGCACACCUUAUUAACGCAACUGUGCCCGUGGAGAUAAUCUGGAGCAAGGAAGAAACCUCGUUACAGUUUCCCGAUAAUCGCGUGCUGGUCUGUCACUCUAACAACGACGUGUUGCGUGCACUGGCCCGUGCUGCACCCUUUUAUAAGCUGUAUGGCGAGACUGCCAUUGAGCGCACACAAAUUGAUCAUUGGCUCUCGUUUUCACUUACCUGCGAGGAUGACAUAUCCUGGGCCUUGUCCUUUUUGGAUAAGUCUAUUGCGCCGGUCACAUAUCUUGUGGCCAACAAGCUCACCAUUGCCGACUUUGCGCUCUUCAAUGAGAUGCACUCGCGCUAUGAGUUUCUAUCGGCCAAGGGAAUUCCUCAACAUGUUCAACGCUGGUAUAAUUUGAUAUCAUCACAGCCGUUGAUUCAAAAGGUUUUGCAAUCAUUACCUGAAGAGGUUCGUGCCUCUGCAAAACGCGUGAGAGGCAACAACGUUGCUACCAGGGAAUCGACACCUAAAACUGGUGAACGAAAACAGGAGGGCAAAUUUGUCGAUUUGCCCGGAGCUGAAAUGGGUAAAGUUGUUGUACGUUUUCCCCCAGAAGCAUCUGGUUAUCUGCACAUUGGUCAUGCAAAGGCGGCGCUUUUGAAUCAGUACUACGCCCAGGCGUUCCAAGGCACAUUGAUCAUGCGCUUUGAUGACACCAAUCCCGCAAAGGAGACUGUCGAAUUUGAAAAUGUUAUACUUGGAGACCUGGAGUUGUUGAAAAUCAAACCAGAUCUCUUCACUCACACUUCCAAUUAUUUUGACCUCAUGCUGGACUACUGCGUGCAGCUGCUGAAAGAGAGCAAAGCCUAUGUGGACGAUACGCCACCCGAGCAAAUGAAACUGGAGCGCGAACAACGCGUCGAAUCGCCCAACCGCACGAAUACCGUCGAAAAGAAUUUGUCAAUGUGGCAGCAAAUGCUCGAAGGCUCCGACUAUGGCCAGAAGUGCUGUGUGCGAGCUAAGAUCGAUAUGACAUCGCCCAAUGGCUGUAUGCGUGAUCCAACGAUAUACCGGUGCAAAAAUGAGCCUCACCCGCGUACUGGCACUAAAUACAAAGUGUAUCCCACUUACGACUUUGCUUGUCCAAUUGUCGACGCCAUUGAAAACGUAACACACACUCUGCGUACAAUGGAGUACCAUGAUCGAGACGAUCAGUUCUACUGGUUUAUUGAUGCACUCAAACUACGUAAGCCUUACAUUUGGGAAUACAGUCGCCUCAACAUGACCAAUACGGUACUGUCAAAGCGUAAGCUAACUUGGUUCGUCGAUUCGGGUCUUGUGGAUGGCUGGGAUGAUCCACGCUUCCCAACAGUGCGCGGUAUCAUACGUCGUGGCAUGACAGUUGAAGGACUUCGGGAAUUCAUUAUUGCACAGGGCUCCAGUAAAUCGGUUGUGUUUAUGAACUGGGAUAAAAUUUGGGCAUUUAACAAAAAGGUUAUAGAUCCUAAAGCACCUCGUUACACAGCAUUAGAACACGAAAACCGAAUUAUAGUUAAUGUGGCUGGCGCCAAGUUGGAGAAAAUUGAGGUGCCUGUACACCCCAAAGACGAGACACUGGGGAAGAAAACAGUUACACUUGGUCCACGAAUUUACAUCGACUACGCCGAUGCCGAAGCAUUGAAGGAAGGCGAUAAUGCGACCUUUAUCAAUUGGGGCAACUUACUUAUUAAGCGCGUACACAAAGAUGCUAGUGGCAAGAUUACCUUCGUUGAUGCCGCACUGAAUUUGGAUAACAAGGAUUUUAAAAAGACGCUAAAAUUGACGUGGUUAGCUGUUGAAGAAGACGCCUCUGCUUACCCGCCCACAUUUUGCGUUUAUUUUGACAAUAUCAUAAGCAAACCGGUUUUGGGCAAGGAUGAGGACUUUAAGCAGUAUAUUGGACAUAAGACGCGCGAUGAGGUGCAAAUGCUGGGUGAUCCUGAACUAAAGAAGUGCAAGCAAGGAGACAUCAUUCAAUUGCAGCGUCGUGGUUUCUUCAAGGUGGACAAUGCCUAUGCCCCAGCCAGUCCCUAUUCAAAUGUCGCCUCACCUAUCAUUCUCUUCUCAAUACCUGAUGGUCACACCAAAGAUAUGCCAUCAUCUGGCUUGAAAAUUAAUGCAGCCAGCGCACAGGAUGCCAACAAAACUGCCAAUAAAACGUCAAAUAACGCUACGGAUUUGGACAAGCAGAUCGUUCAGCAGGGUGAUGUAGUGCGGGACCUAAAGGCAAAGAAGGCAACAAAAGGAGAAAUCGAUGUUCAGGUCAAGAAAUUGCUAAGCCUUAAGGCGGACUACAAAGCAGCCAGUGGCAAGGAUUGGAAGCCAGGCCAAGAACUUAUCGCACCAGCAGUCACGAGUUCAACAAACGACCCUGCUACAGUUAAUGCCAACAUUGUAAAACAAGGUGAUUUGGUGCGAGAUCUCAAGAGCAAGAAGGCGGCCAAGGGUGAAAUUGAUUCUGCAGUCAAAGUGCUGCUUGAAUUAAAGACACAGUACAAGACGCUAUCUGGACAAGAUUGGAAGCCAGGUACUACCGUAGCUCAAUCUGCCCCUGUGACUAAGUCAGAAGCCGCCAACGCCUCCGUUGCUAGCGUUUUGGCUCAGAUCAGUGCCCAGGGCGAUAAGGUACGGGAGCUGAAGAGCGCUAAAGCCGACAAGACCAUAAUCGACGCGGCAGUCAAGACUUUAUUAAGUCUUAAAGCAGAGUUCAAACAACUUACAGGAAGCGAUUGGAAACCGGGCACUACAGCACCAAGUGUUACUCCCAAGCAAGAGAAGUCACCGGACCCUGCUGCCGCCAGCACAGUAGCCACCUUGUUGGACAAGAUUACAAAGCAGGGUGACAAGGUACGACAAUUAAAAACGGCAAAGUCCGAGAAGUCGCUCGUGGACGCUGAGGUCAAACUACUGCUUGCGCUAAAAACGGACUACAAAAGCCUAACAGGUCAAGAGUGGAAGCCAGGUACAGUUGCAGCAGCUCCCACUGCCCAAGUAGCGACCGUUGACUUAACGACAGUUGAGACCAACAACGAUAUUGGCAGUUUGCUGUCUAAGAUUCAAGUGCAGGGUGAUAAAAUAAGGAAACUUAAAUCGGAAAAGGCAGCCAAGAACGUAAUUGAGCCAGAAGUUAAGACGCUGCUAGCAUUAAAAACCGAAUACAAACACAUAGCUGGCAAAGACUGGACUCCGGACGCUAAGGUUGAGCUGCAAUCGGACGCAGUAGUUGUUAAAAAAUCAGCUAGCCCCGAAGCAAUGUCUUCGCCUACCAAGGAUCAACUGACGCUGGAGAUCAAUGCCCAGGGAGAAAAGGUACGUGCCGUAAAAGGUGGAAAUGCGGCAAAGGAUAUCAUUGAUGAGGAAGUCCGUAAGCUUCUGGCGCUGAAAGCGAAGUACAAAGAUGUGGCUGGCGAAGAUUUUCCCGUCGCUGUGCGCGGUGGUGGGUCGAGUGCAAAGAAGGCACCCAAAGAACAACAAAAGCCCGCUGCAAAGUCAGUCAAGAAGGAGCCGACACCGACAACUAAACCGGAACCUACCAGCGGCGUCAAAAAGCAAACGCGAUUGGGUUUGGAGGCAACUAAAGAGGACAACCUACCCGACUGGUACUCUCAGGUGAUCACCAAAGGUGAACUAAUUGAGUACUAUGACGUAUCUGGCUGUUACAUUUUACGCCACUGGUCCUUUGCCAUAUGGAAAUUUAUCAAGAACUGGUUUGAUGCUGAAAUUACGCGCAUGGGUGUUAGGGAGUGCUAUUUCCCUAUUUUUGUAUCAAAAGCAGCACUCGAGAAGGAGAAAACACACAUUGCUGACUUUGCGCCGGAAGUAGCGUGGGUCACUAAGUCGGGAGAAAGUGAUUUGGCCGAACCAAUUGCUGUGCGGCCGACUUCCGAAACGGUUAUGUACCCCGCUUAUGCAAAAUGGAUACAAUCCUAUAGAGAUUUGCCUAUUAGGCUAAACCAAUGGAAUAAUGUUGUGCGUUGGGAAUUUAAGCACCCACAGCCUUUCCUUCGCACACGCGAAUUCCUCUGGCAGGAGGGUCAUACAGCGUUCGCUAGCAAAAUCGAGGCUGAGAAAGAGGUUUUGGACAUAUUAGACCUGUACGCGCAGGUGUACACCGAUUUGCUUGCCAUACCCGUGGUCAAGGGUCGCAAAACCGAAAAGGAGAAAUUUGCAGGUGGCGAUUAUACCACAACCGUAGAAGCUUUUAUUUCGGCGUCGGGCCGUGCCAUUCAGGGCGCUACCAGCCAUCACUUGGGCCAGAACUUCUCAAAGAUGUUUGAUAUUGUGUUCGAGGACCCUGAGACGCAACAGAAACAGUACGUGUUCCAGAACUCUUGGGGUAUCACUACUCGAACAAUCGGAGUCAUGAUCAUGGUACAUGCGGACAACCAGGGGCUGGUGCUGCCGCCGCGUGUGGCCUGUACGCAGGCUAUUGUGGUGCCUUGCGGCAUUACUGUUAAUACCAAUGAUGAAGAACGUGCUAAGCUGAUUGGCGCUUGCAGAGAUUUGGAAAAGAAACUCGUCGGUAUUGGAGUGCGCUGCGAAGGCGAUUAUCGUGACAAUUAUUCUCCAGGAUGGAAGUUCAACCAUUGGGAGCUAAAAGGUGUACCCAUACGUAUCGAAGUAGGACCAAAGGACCUUAAGGCGCAGCAGGCUGUGGCCGUGCGCCGCGAUACGGGCGAAAAGCUAACGAUAGCACUGAAUGAUGUAGAAAAGAAAAUACCAGAACUGCUGGAAACCAUUCAUGCGACAAUGUUAGGCAAAGCACAGCAAGAUCUUACUUCCCACACGAAAAUCGUCAAAAAUUGGAAUGAAUUUUGUAACUAUCUCGAUGAGAAGAAUAUUUUAUUGUCGCCGUUCUGCGGCGAAACACCAUGCGAGGAUAAGAUCAAAGCGGACAGUGCACGCGGAGAUGAGGCUGAGCCUGGAGCACCAGCCAUGGGCGCAAAGUCGCUGUGCAUACCCUUUGAACAGCCGACGGGCAUUACUGCCAGCGAUAAAUGCAUAAAUCCAAGUUGCAACAACAAGCCCAAAUUCUACACGUUGUUUGGUCGCAGCUACUAAUCUAAAUUAAAACUAUUUGUGCGUUUUACUUGCUAUUUCGAAACUCUAAUCUAUUAACGAACGAGAUUAAAAUGUCAAUAAAUAAUGUGUUUAUUUACACUUUGUCCUAUAA